AACAAACUGAAACAGACACCAAAUGCAUAGGUAAGUCAGGACUUGUAAGUACACACAAUGAGCUUGAAAAGAGAUUUCAUUUCAAGGGUACAGAAGGAGCUAAAACAACUGCAGUCCUUACAGCCUCAUGGAAUCCAAGUAACACUUCCAUCUGACAGUCUCCAAUUAUGGGAGGCUUUAGUGCCAGGACCUGAAGAUUCACUCUACAGAGGAGGGCGGUUCAAAGUUCAAGUUUAUUUACCUGAAAACUAUCCUCUUGAACCACCAACGGUACGUUUCCUGCCUCCCAUUUAUCACGUCAAUGUGAGUCCAUCAACUGGUCACGUGUGCCUGGGAUUCUUGACUGGGGAAAACUGGCUACCAACCCGUUGUAUUAGAGAUGUAUUAAGUGGUGUGUUCGCUCUACUUAUCAAACCUGAGCCUGAGAAUGCUGCUGACCAGACUCUGCUGAACAUGUUCAAUAACAACAAAAUGCUUUAUGAAGACAAGGCCAGAAAGAGCGCCAGAGAUGGCUAGGAUGAUCAAUUUUUUUUUUUUAUUUUCAAGUUCUAACUGUUCUCUGCUUCUAAAAGUUUCAUAAACCCAAUAAUUUGUGGCAAUUUAGCAACUUUGACUGAGGUCGGAAAUUAAUUAACUUUAUCAGAAGUUAAAUUCUUUUUUCCUUUUCAAAAUUUGUGCAAAGUGUUUUGCAUUUUCCCAUUUUCUUACUGGAAGACCAAGAAGGACCAGGAAGAAAGUUCAGUAUUACUCAGA